AGAAAGCACGAAAGCACCGGCGCCGACUCGAAUGCAUCCGUCAAGAAGACGGCCAAGUCGCAGAGCGGCGUGCACGCAAACUUUGGCGACAAGCUGUUUGACCACGAUGUCGUCACAAAGUACCGCGACGACUAUGCGAAGAGCGGACCCAUACAGCNNUACCUCCAUACCGUCGUGUCUGGCUUGAUCAACGACUCCCUCCUCCGUUCCGUCCGCCGCGAGAUCAUCGACAAUGUCCACUUCACCCCCAAGGAAACCGACAUCUACAAGAUUCACCAGUCUGGCGACCUUGCCAACCUUUCCGGUCUCGACCCUUCUGCACUCAAGCUGUUGCCUUCGCUGCUCACCCUGCGCGACUCGCUCUACUCGCCCGAGUUCCGCGCAUGGGUGUCGGAAGUCUCAGGCGCUGGCUCUUUGUCGGGAACAAAGACGGAUAUGGCUGUCAAUGUCUAUGCACCUGGUUGUCACUUGCUGUGCCACGACGAUGUCAUUGGCACCAGACGUGUCAGCUACAUUCUCUACUUGACCGAUCCGGACACGCCGUGGCAGGCCAACUGGGGUGGCGCAUUGCGUCUCUACCCUACCGAGGAAAAGACGGACAGCGAUGGCAAGAAGGUCAGAGUGCCACACUACGACUUCACAAAGGUUAUCCCGCCAGCCUGGAACCAGUUGUCCUUCUUCACUGUCCAGCCAGGCCAGAGUUUCCACGAUGUCGAGGAGGUCUUGAAGCGCAAGGAGGGCGAGAGCGAGCAUGAUGGUGGUCGUAUUCGUAUGGCCAUCUCUGGCUGGUUCCACAUUCCGCAAGAGGGAGAAGAGGGUUUCGAGCCUGGACUCGAAGAGAAGCUGGCCGAGCGCAGUUCUCUGCAACAGCUGCAGAGCAAGAAUGACGAGUUUGACUUGCCUCAGGAGCAAUGGAUCGACCACGAGGACAUGGCAGACAAGGCCGAGAAUGCAGAAGAAGAGGAGGUUGAAUUUGACGAAAAGGACAUGGACUUCCUCAUCCAGUACAUGACGCCGCAAUAUCUCACACCAGACACGGUCGAGGAGCUGUCCGAGCUCUUCGCCGAAGAGUCGAGUUUGCAGCUCGCCAACUUCCUCUCCAAGAAGUUCAGCGCCCGUCUGCGCAAAGACAUUGAAGCCCACGACGGCAAGAUCGAGCCUGCGACCGAUGGCUGGGCCACGGCGACACCUCCCCACAAGCACCGCUACCGCUUCAAGCACGCCGACCCUUCUGCCACCAACACCUCCUCCGCAUACAACGAACUCCUCAACAAGUUCCUGCCCUCUCUCGCUUUCCGCAAAUGGCUGAGCCUGGCCACCGGGCUGACCUUGGCCAAGAGCAGUAUUCUGGCCCGCCGCUUCCGCAAGAGCUUGGACUACACAUUGGCAACUGGCUAUAACAAGUCCGAAGCACAACUCGAGUACUGUCUCAACGUUACACCGUCAAAGGGCUGGGGCGCCGACGAGGAAGAAGAAGAAGAGGAGGCUGUCACGGGAGGCGAGAAGAACGGAACAAAACAAAAGGGCAAAGCCACGGUUGCCACAACAAAAGGGGAAGAAGAUGACAAUGUGGGUGGUUACGAACUCUACAUGGCCGGCGACGACGACGAUGAAGACGAAGACGACGACGACGACGAUGCACACUCCGACCACGGUGUCAAUAUUCCCNCUAACGCUGCUUCUGCGACAGGUGCUGGCAACCGUCGCAUCGCAAAGCACAAGAAGAAGGCAGCGGAUCCUGCAAUCUAUCAAGCCGGCAACGAAGAAGACGACGGCAUUCUCUUCUCGAAUCCGGCAAAUUGGAACACGCUAUCUGUUGUCCUCAGAGAUCGCGGCGUGUUGAGGUUUGUCAAGUACGUUAGCGAGAGCGCCAAGGGUGAUAGAUGGGACGUCAUUGGCGCUGUCGAGGUGAUUGAUGACGAUGAGGACGAGGAAGGUGCCGACGAGUAG